AUCUUGCUAAAAUCACCAGAUGAGUUUGAAAUGGGCACUCAGACUGUGAGAUCAUCACAAAUUUAGACUAAAAGGUCAGGAGAGCACAUACACUUUACAGUUUUGUUGGCAAGUGGGUUGUGUGAUUGUAGAUGGCUUUUAGUUUAAAUUGUUUUGUAUGGCACUUGUUGUGAUGCAGUUCUCAUGUUAGGGCAAUCGGACACCUACCAUACUAUACUAUCACAUUAUUGAUUUGAUGAUGUUGUGUUGAAAGCAGAUGUCCUGAUUAAGUGUGCAUGUAAUAUCAUAGUUUGAAGUGUAGCAGUGGACUGUUUAUAUUGCAAGAUGUGGAUUAUGUAUAGAAGUUGCUUUUGUCUAUAAGAGGUCACAGACAUUGUGUUGUUCAAUCAUCAUUGACUUUUAUGGAAGGAUAUCUUGUUUGGGUGUCUGCUGCAAUGAGUUCAUAAAUGACGUACAGGGUAGCUUAUCUUUGAUGGUUUGUGGGUCAUUGCAAUUAGAAUGUUUGCAGAGAAGAGCAGAGAAGACGGUGGUUUCUAUGACAAUAGAGACACAAACUGUUUGGUAGCAAGUUGAUAAGGGAAGAGUUGGCUGAGGGAAAGUGUUUGAGACCAUGUUUGGUAGGCUAUCCGUAAAGACAUCAGAUUUUAUGGAAAUGUCUUGUGUUGCUAACUAUAGCUAUAUCUGCUAGUCGGAUGUGAGGGUGUGUGAGGAGGAGUAUAUAAGAGCAAGCUCACCAGCUCACUUCAUCAGUAUCGAGGAUAUCGGUCAUCAUCAUGUUUUCAUUUUUUGUGACAGUUCUUGUGCUCAUUCAAGUCAUUGCUACUUGUGCUGGUCAAAGUGUGUCAGAUGAGAGAAAUCAGCAGACAUGUGUGUCUGCUGGUGUACCUGGAGUACCUGGAUCACCUGGAGUUAAUGGAUUACCUGGACGAGAUGGAAUGAAAGGAGAAAAGGGGAUGAACGGAGAGAAAGGAUUAGUUGGAGAUACUGGUGCACAAGGAAUAAAAGGAGAAGAAGGAAGGAAAGGAGAAGGAUUAAAGGGAGAAAGAGGAUUAGUUGGACUACCAGGAGAUGUCGGUGGUAAAGGUAAUGCUGGGAAGAUAGGUCCACAAGGUCCACGAGGGAUAAUUGGAGAAACAGGAAGGAAAGGAGAGAAAGGAGAAGCUAUGACACUCAACUGGAAACAGUGUGUGUGGAAUAGAGAGGAUAGGAAGGACAGCGGUCUGAUUCAGAACUGUAAUUUUAGGAAACAUGACAGCAAUUCAGCUUUACAUGUUGCAUAUGCAGGAAAUCUCAGGGUUUACUGCUCCAGUGGUGCUUGCUGUUCUCGAUGGUAUUUUACAUUCAACGGUAACGAGUGCAGUGGACCUAUGACUAUUGAGGGAGUUGUGUAUAGUAGACUGCAUGAUAAUCCUCACCGUCACAGACAGAUUGAGGGAUACUGUGAGAACAUUCCAGCAGGUCAAGUCACAAUUGGAUUCAACAUUGGAAACUGUAGAUAUACAUCAACAACGUAUAAUGGCAAUACAGGAUGGGCAUCAGUAUCUCGCAUUAUGAUUGCAGAAAUUUCUCCAUCACAAAAGUGACUGAAUUAGAGAGAAAUUAGAACUUGUGUUUAGUAUAGUUUGCAGUACAUACAGUACGAGGUAGCUGAAGUAGGAGGCUGGAUUGCUGAAAUUAUGUCCAUUGUUUUUCUUGGCUGUAUGUGAAUGUAUGCCUCUAUGCAUGUGAGGUAGCGCGCAAAUGAUGAAGUACUAUACUAGUCUUAGACCAAAUAAUGCAAAUAGAC